AUAGUUUUGCAUCCGGAGCAGCAUAGAAAAGAUGCGGUUGUAAAGCCGGCUGUCAUUAGAUGAAUUAUAAGCGUUUUGUGCGAAACUUAGGCUUUAACUUAUAAUAUAAAAUCUCUCUUUGUAUUGAAUUAGUUAAUUUUCCGUAUUAGUUAAAAUUAUCUUUUCAUCGUGUGUAAAUUUCAUUUGCUCAUAAAGGACUACAUUCAUUGAAUCAUUAAUAUACAUAAUCAUGGAAAGUGAAAUUGUGAUAACAGGAGUCUCUGGAAGAUUUCCUGAAUCGGACAGUGUUCGAGAAUUCAGCGACAACCUCUAUAAUAAAGUUGACCUAGUCACAGAAGAUAACAGACGAUGGGAACCAGGUCUGUAUGGUUUACCAAGAAGAAUGGGUAUGUUGAAGGAUAUAAGCAAAUUUGAUAAUCAAUUUUUUGGUGUUCAUCAUAAACAAGCUCAUAUGCUGGAUCCUCAGGCUAGAAUCCUUUUAGAAUUGACUUAUGAAACUAUAGUUGAUGCAGGUUAUGACCCAGACGAACUUCGUGGGAGGAAUAUUGGAGUUUUUAUUGGAAACUGUUCAUCUGAAAGUGAUGAGUAUUUUUGUUAUGAUGCAAAGAAAAUUAAUGGUUAUGCUAUGACUGGAUGCUGCCGUGCAAUGUUUGCUAAUCGUGUCUCCUAUACAUUUGAUUUCAAAGGUCCAAGCUUCCUUAUGGACACAGCCUGUUCUUCAGGUGCACUGGCUUUAUAUGAAGCUGUGCAGGCAAUUCAAAAUAAUGAAUGUGAAGCUGCAAUUGUUGGAGGGGCUAACUUGUGUUUGAGACCUGGAACUGCUCUGCAGUUUUACAAGUUGAACAUGCUUUCAGAUGAUGGCAUGUGCAAGACAUUUGAUGCUGCAUGUAAUGGAUAUGGCAGAAGUGAAGCAGUUGUAACAUUAUUUUUACAAAAGGCUAAUGUAGCAAGAAGGAAAUAUGCAUCUAUUGUACACAUAAAAACAAAUACAGAUGGCUAUAAGGAACAAGGUGUAACCUUCCCCUCUGCUGAGAUGCAGAAACAGUUAAUUGCUGCAGUAUAUGAUGAAAGUAAAGUAAAUCCCUUGAAUGUGUCAUUCGUUGAAGCACAUGGAACUGGAACUCCUGCAGGAGACCCAAUUGAAAUGUCAGCUAUUGCUGAAAUAUUUUGCAAUGGAAGAAAAGAACCUCUUCUUGUAGGUUCAGUUAAGAGUAACAUGGGGCAUUCUGAGCCAUCUUCUGGUCUCUGUGCUGUUGUUAAGGUACUUAUUGGUAUGGAAAAUGGUUUAAUACCACCAAAUCUUCAUUUUAAUACUCCCAAUCCUGAGAUCAAACCAUUGAUAGAUGGGCAGGUAAAAGUUGUAACUGAUCCAACUCCGUGGAAGGGAGGUUAUGCUGGUGUCAGUUGUUUUGGAUUUGGAGGCGUCAAUGUUCAUGCUAUUUUAAAAUCAAAUGAAGCUGUAACUAAGCCAAAGAGUAUCACAGAAAACCCAUUUCCUCAGCUUGUUUUGUACAGUGGAAGAACAGAAGAAAGUGUAAAAAGUAUGUUUGAAUAUGUGGAUACUGAAAUGCCACCCAGAGACUUUUUUGCAUUAUUGCACAAAUCUGUAUAUACAUCUCCUCAAUUGAAACCAUUUCGUGGAUACAAAAUUUUAGGGACUGAUCAAGAAGUAGAAUGUAUUAAGCAAGUAUCUGCUGAAAAACGUCCUGUAUGGUAUAUAUUUUCUGGCAUGGGUACUCAGUGGCCUUGUAUGGCAAAACAACUAAUGAACUUGGAUGUUUUUGCACAUUCUAUUCGGCAGUCAGCAGAGGUCUUAAAACUUUAUGGUUUAGACCUCAUUGAUUUAGUAACCAAUGGUGUAAAAGACACUUCUAAUGCAAGGAGUAUUAUACCAGCUUUUGUUUCAAUAGCAGCUGUUCAGGUUGCUCUUGUUGAUAUACUCAAAGAGCUAGGUAUUGAGCCUGAUGGUAUUGUUGGCCAUAGUGUAGGUGAAUUAGGUUGUGCGUAUGCAGAUGGUAGUUUUACAGCUGAACAGAUGGUGCUUGCAGCUUAUUGGAGAGGAAAAGCUGUUGAAGAUUCAAAUCUAGAAGAAGGGGCAAUGGCUGCUCUUGGUAUUACCUGGUCUCAAGCACAUAAAUGUUGUCCCAAAGAUAUUUAUCCAUCUUGUCAUAAUGCAGAAGAUUCUGUAACUGUAUCAGGUCCCAAAGAUAGUGUAAAAAUGUUUGUGGAAGCAUUAAAAGCUGAAAAUGUAUUUGCCCGAGAAGUUGAUAGCUGUGGGUAUGCAUUUCACAGUCACUACAUUUACCCUGCUGCUCAGAAAUUGCAGACUUCCUUGGAAAAAGUUAUUCCUAAUCCAAAGCCAAGAACCAGUCGAUGGAUUAGUUCAUCAUAUCCUGAGGAUAAAUGGGGUGAACCUUCAGCCAAAUUGGCUGAUGCCUCUUAUUUUGUGCAUAAUUUAGUUUCUCCUGUACUUUUCCAUGAAGCUUUACACUAUGUACCCAAAGAUGCCAUUGUGCUUGAAAUAGCUCCUCAUCAUUUGUUGCAAGCUAUACUAAAAAGAGUUAUAGGCCCAGAUGCGGAAUACAUUGGCCUGAUGAAAAGGAAUGUUGACAAUUCAGUGCAUUUGCUCUCAAGUAUAGGAAGAUUAUUUGCUGCUGGAUUAAAUCCGGAAAUUGAAAAUCUAUAUCCUAAAGUACAGUUGCCUGUUCCUAAAGGUACACCCAAUAUUUCUUCACUGAUAAAAUGGGAUCAUUCCGAGAGCUGGACAGUAGCCAAAUGGGAUAAAAGUACAAAUCAGUCACAGAUGAUAGUAGAAGUGAAUGUUGGACCCACAGAUUCUCCAGAUCAUUACUUGCUGGGUCACUGCAUUGAUGGUAGAUAUUUAUAUCCAGCUACUGGCUAUUUAGUGUUGGUAUGGAAAGGUUUUGCUGAAUUGAAAAACAAGGAAAUGACAGCUUUACCAGUAACAUUUGAAGAAGUUAAGAUACAUCGAGCUACUGUGUUGUCUAAGACCGCAUCCACUAAGUUUAUUGUUGAUAUCACAAAUGCUGGUGGAGAAUUUGAAAUUUCCGAAGGUGGCAUGACAGUGUGUACUGGACGGAUUUACUCACCAGAAGAGACCACAAAAAUUGAACCCAUUGCAGUUUCAAAGAAUGGCCCCAAAACUUUAAAAUUAAAUAGCAGUGACAUUUAUAAGGAAUUGAGAUUAAGAGGUUAUGACUAUGGGCCUACCUUCCAAGGAGUAAUUCAAUCUGAUCUUGAAGGUGAGCAAGGUUUAUUAAAGUGGACUGGUGAUUGGGUGGUAUUCUUAGAUACAAUGCUUCAGUUCACAAUUUUAGGAUCACCAAAACGUGCAUUAUGUCUUCCUACUAGAAUUCAACAGUUAAAAAUUAAUCCUAUUUUUCACAAUGAUAUUGUGGAGAAAUCACUGGAAGAAUAUCAUGGUGUCCCUGUUAUCAAUGAGAAAUGUGUCCGGAGAUGUCUUGCAGGUGGUGUUGAACUCAAAAAUUUAAAAGCUAGUAUUGCACCUCGACAACAGUGCAAGCAAGUUCCUCUUUUGGAAGAGUAUAGAUUUGUUCCCUAUAAUGAAUCAUGCAUUCUUUCUAAAUCAGAUCAAGAAACAUUAGAGCGAUACAUUCAUGUGUGUUCUUCAGUAUCAAAAAUGAUACUGGAAUUAUCUGGGAAAAACAGAGAUCAAAUUACAGAUGUUAUGAAUGGAUUUAAAGAAGCCGAUGAUGCAUUAAUUGCUGCUUAUUUAAAAUCAUACACUGAAGAUCAUGCAUUGUUAAAAUCAUUAUGUGGAAUUAUGAACACAGCAACUAGCAAAGAUCUAACUCGACAUGUAAAAAAUUUUGUUAACAUUUAUUUGAAUGAGAGAGAUAAUGAUAUUUUAGCUCAGACAAUGUUGCAGGAAGUUCCUUUGAGAACUGUAUUAGAUGUCGUUCUUGAAAAUGUCUGUUCCAGGAAGUUAAAAAUAGCAGAAAUAGCUGAUGGAACAACAGCAUUCUGUACAAAAAUCAGUGAACUUAUUCAAGCUCUUGGAUUGUUUCAUGCCAAUUAUACAAUUGCUCAUGCUGCACCUGAUAGAUUAAAAAAGGAAAGCAUUGACUCUGAAAAUAUCAACUUAGUUCCUUGGGACUUGAAAUCAUCCCUAGAUCUGAAAGAAGUUGAUCUUCUUGUUAUGAAGUACUUAAGUUGCGGUAAAAAAGAAUUUAAACGAGUUCUUGAAAAUGCAUUUACAACAGUGAAAGAUCAAGGCUUUAUUAUUGUGCUGCAGAAAACUCGCCUUGUUCCUUCUGAAAUGUUUCUUUCUGCAGUUGGAGAGACUGUCAUUCCAAUUCAUACAGAAUCAGACCUGGAGCAGUCAUUUAAAGAGUUGAAUUUAAAAAUUGUAUGUAAAAAAUCUGAUUCAUUAGCAUCAACUUUAUAUUUAUUAAGAAAAUCUCAAGAUGCUCAGUACAUUGACACUGUUAUUUCUGUCAUGCAUGAUAAACUAGAUAGUUGGGUUACUCUUCUGAAGGAAAAGUUGGUUGCGUCUCAGACUUCAUCUGAACCUUCCAGGAUAUGGCUAGUCAGUGAAAAUUCCAACAGCAGUGGAAUAAUUGGACUUGUUAACUGUCUGAGGCAAGAGCCUGGAGGUUCAAAUGUCAGGUGUAUAUUCACAUGCAAAGAAAAUCAGAAGCUUCCUAGUUUCAGUUUGAAAAGUUCUUUCUAUCAGGAUGUUGUGGAGAAAAACCUCACAAUGAAUGUUUUUAAGCGAGGAACUUGGGGCUCAUUCCGUCACCUAAUGAUCAAUGAGGAUCACAGCAAAACUGUAACUGAUCAUGCCUACUUGAAUGUUCUUACCCGUGGUGACUUAUCAAGUCUCGUCUGGGUCGAUUCACCUUUGAAGUAUUUGUCUGAGCCUAAAGGUUCUCUUCUUUGCCAUGUAUAUUAUGCAUCGCUUAAUUUCCGAGAUAUUAUGCUAGCAAGUGGAAAAUUACCUCCUGAUGCUCUUCCAGGAGAUCUAGCCUUGCAAGACUGUAUUCUUGGUUUUGAAUUUUCGGGUCGCACUGCAACUGGUCAAAGAGUGAUGGGGGAUCUUAAUGCCAGAGGCCUAGCUACAACUGUUGUUGCUGAUCCCAAUUUUAUGUGGGAAGUCCCUGAUGAAUGGACACUAGAAGAAGCUGCUACUGUUCCUGUAGCUUUUUCUACUGCAUAUUAUGCUCUAAUAGUCCGUGGUAAUUUAAAAAAAGGAGAAAGCAUUUUAAUCCAUUCUGGAAGUGGAGGUGUAGGACAAGCUUCCAUAGCCAUUGCAUUGAGCUUGGAUUGUGAGGUUUACACUACUGUAGGCUCUAUUGAAAAAAGAAAUUUCUUGAAAACAAGAUUUCCUAAGCUACAAGACAAAAACUUUUGUAAUUCUAGGGACCUAUCUUUUGAAGAAUAUAUUUUGACAGUUACCAAUGGUGAAGGUGUUGAUGUUGUUUUGAAUUCUCUUGCUGAUGAAAAGUUAAAGGCCAGUUUGAACUGUCUUGCACAACAUGGUCGCUUCUUGGAAAUUGGGAAAUAUGACUUAUCUAACAAUACUCCUCUUGGUAUGUCACUCUUUUUGAAAAAUACAACUUUUCAUGGAAUACUACUAGAUGCUUUAUUUCAAGACAAAAGCUAUAGUGAUCUUGCUAAAAGGGAAGUUGUUGAAUUAGUCAGGAAAGGUAUAGCUGAUGGAACAGUUACACCACUUAAUUCAAUUCUCUUUGAUCAUGAUCAAGCUGAGCAAGCUUUCCGGUAUAUGGCUAGUGGUCGUCAUAUUGGAAAAGUCGUUCUUAAGAUCAGAGAAGAAGAAAUACAGAAAAAUGUACUUCCAAAGCCUGUACAUUUCAAUGCUCUAACUCGCUCAACUUUCAAUCCUGAAAAAUCUUAUGUUAUCAUUGGUGGACUUGGUGGAUUUGGACUUGAGUUAUGUCAGUGGUUAACAUAUAGGGGAGCUAAGAAUAUAAUUUUGACAUCACGUUCUGGUAUUCAAUCUGGGUAUCAACAAUUAUGCAUUGAACGAUGGCAAAAAGAAUCUAUUAAUGUAAUUGUAUCUAAAUUGAAUGUAGCAAAGCUAGAAGAAGCAAAAUUACUUCUGAAAACUGCAGCAGCACAUGGUCCUGUUGGUGCCAUUUUCAAUCUUGCAUUGGUGCUAAGAGAUGCAUUUAUGGAGAACCAGACUGCUCAGAAUUUCCAAGAAGUAAUUGAAUCAAAGGUUGUAUCUACGAAAAAUUUAGAUGCCCUUUCGCGAGAACUAUGCCCUCAGCUUGAAUGGUUUGUCUGCUUUUCUUCUGUGAGCUGUGGACGUGGCAAUGCUGGCCAAAGUAAUUAUGGCUAUGCAAAUUCUGCCAUGGAAAGAAUUUGUGAAGAGCGAUGUAGAGAAGGUCUAUCAGGUCUUGCCAUACAGUGGGGUGCUAUUGGUGAUGUUGGAGUAAUUCAAGAAACUGUUGGAUCUGAUGUUGUAAUUGGUGGUACUGUUCCACAACGCAUUAAUUCCUGUCUUACUGUCCUGGACAAAUUUCUUCAACAAAAACAUCCUGUGGUUUCAAGUUUUGUUCCAUAUCAGCCUGCAGAAUCUAGCACACAGAAAGCAACUAAGCAUAAUGUUCUUUUAACAGUAGCUAACAUCUUUGGUAUUAAGGACAUAUCAGCUAUAAAUCCUGAAGCAACUCUAGGUGAGUUAGGCAUGGACUCAUUAAUGGGUGUUGAAGUGAAACAGUUCCUUGAGAGAGAUUUUGAACUUGUAUUAACCAUCCCAGAACUCCGUCAGUUGAAGAUAAAUGAUCUGAAAAAGCUAGAAGGGGAUGAUGAAAGCAGAAGUAGUUCAGAACCAUCCACAGAUGUUGAAACGGAUUCCAUUGAAAGAUUACCGGGACAUUUUAACUCUGUUCUUUCUACACAACUUGUUCCUCAUAAUACUCUGGUUUCAAUGAACUCUGUUAAAAAUGGCAUACCAUUAUUUAUUGUUCAUCCUAUUGAAGGAAUAGUUCAGAUGCUAGAAACUCUGGCACAGCAGCUUCAUUGUCCUGUCUAUGGUAUUCAAUGCACCCCUGAAGCUCCUGCUGAGUCUAUAGAAUGUCUUUCUGCUUGGUAUUGGCAGCAAAUUAAAGCUCUCAGACUGGACGCUAACAUAAUCUGCCUUUCUGGUUACUCAUUUGGAGCAUCUGUAGCAUUUGAAAUGUGUCUGCAAGCAGAGCGUGAACCUCAUAAUCAUCUUAAAGUAAAAAGCCUUAUCUUGCUCGAUGGCUCCCCAGCAUUAGUAACAUCAUAUACCCGAGAGCAUGAAUCCCACUUCCUGAAAGAUUCUCAGAUAGAAGGGGAAGCUCAAGCUUUAUGCUCAUUUAGUUUUCAGUUUUUUGAUACAGAUUUUCGAGAACUUAAGAAAGAAUUGCUUGCUCUGCCAAGUUUUGCUGAUCGAGUAAAAUAUACUGCUGAAAACAUCAUCAGUGCUUGUCCAAAUCUACAAAUCGAAGAUGUUAUUGCUGCUUUUGAUUUGUACUACAAAAAACUUUUGGUUUCAAUGAAAUACACACCAAAGUAUAGGCUAAAGAAAGAUAUUACACUUAUCAAAGCAUCUGAAAGUGUAGACAUGACAAAGACAUUUUCAGAAGUUUAUGAUUUAGAAAAGGUAUGUAUAAAAUUGCUUGUAUAAUUAAUGUAAGAAAAAUU